GUGCUGAUAAAAUUAAUUGUCAUUCAAACUCGAAGUCUCCCUUUCUCAUAAGUUUCAGUUUCUCUGCAACUUCUGAAAAGCUUCCAGCCGAUCCAUGGCGCUUGAUACAGACCCUAACCCUAGCCCCGAAGUUUUGGAGCAGAAAAAGCGUUGCCUUGAGGCACUAGAACGCAGGUUUUUAGCAGCGAAAGCUGAAGCUCUGCAACUUCAGAACUCAAAGAAAUCCUUUAAUGGAGAAGAAAGUAAAAGAAAAGCCACGGAUUCUCCUGCUUCUGCUACACGAGUGUUGAUGCCUUCUAUGAAAGCUUCUCCAUCAUCUUCAUCUAAACAAGAUAUGGAAGCAAAUGAUCCUGCAUACAAUGUGCUCUCUCAACCUGUACAUGAGAGUUUACUGAGGUCUGACUUUGAGCUUCCCACGGGGAGACAAAGCAACAUUGUUGAUGGGCUUGUACAUAAUCUUCUGCAAAGUGGUGACAAAGCUCAGAAGUAUAUGCAGGGUUCAAUGAGCAUGAAAAUACGAGAAAAUUACAUUCUUUUGGACAAUUAUAUACUACAAGGAAGCAAGGCAUCACCUAGCAAUCGAGCAAAGGCUCGACAACGUUUUUCAAAGUGCUCUAAACGUCAUAUGUCCAUGCGACAACAUCGAAAACAUGGAUCACUUGAUUUGCCAAAGAAGUUCCACAAAUUUGCUCUUUACAAGUCCAUGCAUGAAAUGUGGAAGGACUAUGUAGUCCAGCUUCUGCAAGAGCAGAGGAAAGGCCAGAUUGCUCAAUGUCUUCUCACUGCAGACCUACAUGGUGCCAUUCUAUCAGUUGUUCAAUGUAGAGUAGCAGGAUUUACUGGGACACAGGGAAUUAUGAUUCGAGAAACGGCAGAAACAUUUGGAAUUGUUACUUAUGAUAAUCAUUUUCGAGUCGUGCCCAAGAAGGGCUCUGUAUUUAUAUUCCAAGCAGAGCUCUGGAAGAUAACUAUAUACGGGGAUGAGCUUUCUUCAAGAAAUAUUGGCUAGGUUUGUGAAACUCUAUCAACGGGGAUGAACUUUCUUCAAGAAAUAUUGGCUAGUGUACACAUAUUAUCUGAAAAUGAUUAACAGCAUAGCAGCAUCGAUGAUCCUUCAUUCCAAGAUGAAGGUAUUAGAGGAGUGAUGGUGAUGAAUUCAGUUGUCCAAAGGAUAUCAGCACAAGCAGUAAAGAUGCACUUUCCCCUAAUAAGAAGUCCAAUACGAGUUUUCGCUUCCACAUUUACAAUGAGAGGUAGAGGCGUAAUAUUGAGGUGAAGUAAUGCACCAAAUGAUGUUUUUCGGAAAUUUUAAUCUAUAGAUAACUGAUUCUUUUUUAUUUAUUCUGUACCUAUAAAUCUUGUCAAAUCUAGUGGUAAAUUUCUUAUUUUAGUUUUGUAAGAUCCAUUUGGAUGAUCUCAAAGCAUGAACUCUUCAUUUUGAUGGACGACAUCGUCCAGUAUAUCAAUUGGUCUUCACCAAACAUGCAUUGAGAUGUGGACUAGAAAGUGUUAAAAGUUUAAAGCGAUUGUGAGUGAUGAAAGUUUAAAGGGAUUGUGUAAUA